AAAGACUUGUCUACGAAGUAAAAACAUAACCAUGACGAAAUGAAUGGAAUUCUCCUAGAUUUAGGCGAAUUCAGCGAUAAAUCAACCGGUAUAUAAAACGGGAGCUGGUUUAAAGAUCAAACUUUUGUUUGAAAGAUGGGUAACGAUGUUCUUACCACGCUAAAGAUCUUAAUUAUUGGAGAAAGUGACGUUGGAAAAUCCAGGUACAAAAAUCGUUUCGGAGUCAAUGGCUUCCGAAUUCGAAAUAUGGCAGUAACGAACGUGUAUCAUAACAGAGGAUCAUUGUGAAUAGAUUUAAAGUCACAUGCUCUAAGUUUUAAAUCAAUUCAUUUUUAAAAGUUCUUCCAUGUAGAUUUGUUCUCGAAUUGUUUUGCUGUUGUCUUUCAUGUGACAAUUCGCUGUCGAUCUCAACCGCACAAAUCGGUGUCCUUGUCGUUAUUGUGAAGUUCUUUAUUUAAUGCUGUCUGCUUCUAAUCACAGCCUGCUUCUAAGAUUCACUGAUGACACAUUUGACCCUGACAUUGGAUCCACCAUAGGUAAGAGUUAAAAAGAAAUGAGACUCUGAAAUCUUCACGACACUGAGUCAUUUUGAAAAAUCUAGUAGUUGUGGUUUCAAUUCAUAUAGGGCUGUAUUUUGGCCUUUGUUUAUACCUUACCUCACAUAAUUCUUGGAAAAAUAUUAGUGGAACACAAAGACAACCUGUCUGUCAUUUCAAAAUACCUUAACCCUUUAACUCCUAAGAGUGAUUGACAUCUAAUUUCUCCUUACGAUAUCACCUCUGAAUCAAACAUUAAGGUCACAAAAAUAACACAAAUGGUGGCAAACUAAAGAAACUCUUGAUUGUUAAGCAAAUUCUCCUUAUCAGCACCUUAGGAAAUGUUUAGAGAACAGUAUGGAGAAUAUAGAUAUCCAUGUUAGGUUGCAAAGGUUUAAUUACAACUUUUUGCACUUUGUACUGUCUCUUUCAUCAUAUCCUUUUAAGGGAUGGGAAUUAAUUGUUCCUUUGAAGUCUUUUCAUGGUUGUAGUUUUACCUUUAGGAAUUGAGGGAAAAGUGUCUGUUAGUAGAGCUGUCUGCCUAUUAGCAUAAAUCGCAUAAGUGGACACCAAAGAAAUAUAGGGGUGAUAUCUGCUUACAGGAGAGUUCAUAAGCAGGUGUUUACUGCACUUUUUUUGGCCAAAUGGAGAUUUGAAUAAACAGAUCCCCACUGUUCUGUUACCUUGUCAACGGAGAUAUUUUUGUUGAUUUGCAAAUUAAAGACAAAUUUCAUUGCCAAGAAUCAAUUAGUAUGUAUGGGGUGUCAGCUAUCAUGAGAGGAUAAACAAAAGAACAAUCUAAUUUUCGCUUUCAAAAGUGUCUGCAACCGUUGACAAGGGAGUGUCAGCUGACUGGAAUGGGUAAAAACAGAGUCUGACUAAGAGGUGAAAAAAGUGUCUGUAAAAAGAACUUACUACAUACAAGAUUGUUCAUUAGCAGAGAGUUGAUUGUACAAAUAAAACCUUCUACUGGUAUUGUACAGUUCAUGCUUCCUGUCCUAAAGAUCUGGACAUUAUCAUUAUGUGCUUUGUAACCAGCACCCAAGAUAUUUAUAUAUAUGUAUCCUCUAGUCAUACUUAAAACUUUUACUGUGUGCUGUUUGACCAGCUCUUAUGUAACCUUUUGCACUCAGUUGUUCAAAAGGUAGAAAAAACUAACCAACUGAAUGACCUGCUAUCUGAUCAAUAGCAUAGCCUGUAUUGCUAUCACCAGCAGUUAGCAAUUUAUGGGAUAAAUUGUGCUGUCUAGCUUGAAACAAUGGCACCAGGUCAUCAGUAUUUUGUUAUGAAAAAACAAAUACUUUAUAAUUUAUUGUAUAACAUAUGAAGAAUUCCUCUGAUAUUGAAUGUGGAUAUUAUUCUUUAAAUCAUGUAGCCAUUGUUUUCCAGUUAACCCUUUGCAACCCAACAUCAGUAUGCAUAUUCUCCAUACUGUUCUCUAUACAUCUCCUAAGGGGCUAACAAGGAGAAUUUGUCUAAGAAUCAAGAGUUUCUUUUUUGGUGAUCAUUCCCUUUAUACUUGUAACCUUAAUGUGUGAUUCAGGGGUGAUAUUGUAAGGAGAAAUAGAAUACUGGUCACUCUAAGGGGUUCUAAGAUCCAUUUCUGUUAUUGCAUGGCAAGUGAUGUCUUUGUUUCAGGGUUCUUAUUUUGAAGAAAAAAAAUGGUUCAUAUCAUUCUGGUUUUUAGUGAUAGUACUGUUUGUUUGUUUUGUUUUGUUUUUUUACAUGAACCUUUCUGUACAGGUGUUGACUUCAAGGUUAAAACUUUGACUGUGGAUGGAAACAAAGCAAAACUAGCAAUUUGGGUAAGAACUGCUGUUGAUGGAUGAUGACACCACUGUAAUUCAUGAUACUUGAGUGACAGCUAAGGUUUACUGUCGAAUUACUUUAUAAUUAAUUUGAUAAUUUGUUUUGUGAGUUUAAUGGUUAUAACAUCACUUUUCUGUUUUAGGACACAGCAGGGCAGGAACAUUUCAGAACACUGACUCCCAGCUACUACUGGGGAGCACAUGGAGUUAUUUUAGGUACUAGAAAUAAAAUGAUUUUCACCUCCUAAUUACUUGCUGUCAUCACUCUUCAAAAAAAAUUGUCUUGUUGAUUUUGUAUCAUGAGAGAAGGUGACAAAAUUGUGGCACUGAUAUUGAUACACAGUAGUUUUCAGCCUAAUAGAAACUUAAGCAUUUCUUAACUUUCAGUUGGUGUCAAAUCACCUCUGAAAAUUAAUAAAUGCUGAAAUAGUUUGCAUUAAGUUUCCCCUGAUUUCCUAUGCUAACAACAUCAAUGGCACAUACCAUAGUUCCUCAGAUAAGUUCCCAGGCACUCAUUUAAAAUUCUGGUGGAAAGGACAGGCACUUAUUGGAAGGAGGGUACUUAUUUUAUUUAAGUUAGCCCAAUAAUAGGGAAAAAAUAUGGAUGAGACUGUUCAUGAUAACGUUCAAGAAAAUCUUGUUUUUUUCCCUUUAGUUUAUGAUACAAGCAGCAGAGAGACGUUUGAGAAAUUGGAAGAAUGGCUAAAUGAAAUAGAAAUGUAUUCCACAAAAAAAGACAUCAUAAAAAUGCUUGUUGACAACAAAAUAGACAAGGUACAGUGAAACCUUUUUGUUUUUAUAUUAGACCAGAUUAUUAUUACCCAAUUUUUAUUAUUAAAAACUGGAGUCUUCUCCCUCAAUUUGAACCUAGAGAUAAAAUGAAUAUCUUACUAACCUUGGUGGUCUAUACUGUAAGUUAUGGAACCUUUUUUUUUUUUUUCAAUCAGACUUAGACGUAGCAUCAUUUCUUAGGCUGUUGUGUUUGAUUAAUACUCCUAUCUUCCAAUAUUCCUAAACUUUAAAAAUCUCUUGUGGGUACAUGUAUUUGCUUGGUACAGGAUUAACUGUAAUUGCAUACAGUAAGGUUUUGUGCAUGCUUGAUGUACUAGAAAUUCAGAUUUUCAUACUGUGCUUUUUAGGAGGGUUGUGAAGUUGAUAGAAAACAGGGAUUACAAUUUGCAAGAAGACAUUCCAUGUUAUUUAUUGAAGCAAGGUUAGUGUCAGCUUGAGUUAUAAAUAUUUAUUCCCCUGGAAUCAAGGAUCAAAUGGUUUUUUUUUUGAACAGCCACCUAUGUAAUGGCACAAGAUGGUUUGGUGAAACAACUAUGAAGACAAUUGUUCAGGGACUUGAAGAAUGACAAAAAAAUUUUAAAAAGUUGUUAUUUUAUGUUCAAAUGUUUAUUCUUUUUAUGAAAAAAAGCCGUAAUUUUAAUUAGAGUAUGUUAUUAAAAUUGUACAGAAAGGUAGUAAAGAGAUUAUUUUAACCCUUUAACUUCCAAGAUCUAAUUGUUAAUUCUCCCCUCUGGCUGUUACACAUUUCCUUGUAAAUUAGUUGGGAGAAUUUGGUGUCAUACCAUAAUUAUAACUUCUACCUGAUAAGUUUGAGUAUUCUCAUUACCUGUUUGCUGGAUAAUGUAUGGAGAUUAUAGGGAGAAGUUAAAUGUUAAUCAUUUCUGGGAAUUAAAGGGUUAAUGAGUUUCUAGCCGGUGAUUAAAAUGGUAUCCUGUCUUUCAACAAAAUAAUUGUACAUUGUGUCAUCUAAGUUUUAUUUUUGAUGAACAAAUCUUGCUUCUUUUUUUUUGUAGUGCAAGAACAAGAGAGGGGGUUCAACUUGCUUUUGAGGAACUAGUAGAGAAGGUAUUUAUACAACCAGGCAAUUAAAAUGUUUUACAUUGUUAUAUUAUGGAGGACGUAGAGGCUGUAACCUUUUAACUCCCAUUGGCUUCCAGCCAUCAUGGGUUAUGAGCUAUUACAUCAUGCUCUACAAAUAUGGUAAGGGUGAUCAUAAAAAAGUAAAGUUUACAAAAUAAAGUUGGGAAGAUUAUUUUUUGGGUGUUUUUAGAUCUAAUCUUAACAGCAGUCUAGUGUAGCAUGCAAGAGGUGGGCCCAAGGCAGUCUUUUUACUAUGAUUGAUAAUUUGCAUAUCCCCAGGGCAUUUUAUUAAUAUAUGCAAAUGGCUUUGCACAAUCCUCUGAAGUGAGCCUAAAUUUAUUUCUGUUAAUUGUUUGUCUGAGGUCACCAAAUGAGGCGAGAGAUUUAACCAAGAGGUAUGUUUCAAUAUAGAAGCGUCUCUAAAUUAUUGAAUUGUUUAAGUGUAGUUUUUUAAGAGGAAAACCAUGAACUGCAAAUGCACAACUUGUUCAUCUCGCAGAAAUCUGCCAUGACUUAAAAUUGGAAGUCACUGCCAUCUUUACAUACAGGUUAUCAUCCAAAAUGUGUGGUCUAUGCUAGUUUGUAGUGAAAAAAUUUUAAAAAUAUUGAUUGCAGCCAUCGUAACAAGAAUAUUAAUGCUACAUUUAUUUUAUUUUUGCAUCAUGCAAAAAAAAUUAACAACUACCUCUGGCUCAAGAUUGAUUGUAGCACUUUAAUUUUGAGUCAUGCCCCUUUUUUAUAAGAUCCUAAAUUGUAUUUUUUCCUUCAACUUUAACUUUGACUUAAAGGUUUUGAAUGCACAAGUGGAAGUUGGGGAAAAUAUAAUUAUUAACAGAUUUGAAAUAAUGCUUAACAUGGUAUAGUUGCAUUUUUAGACUUACACUGGUGGUCCUCUUAGCAUUAACAUGACAAGGGUCUCUAAAAAUUGAGUUGAACAAGUUAAGGUUUGUGGAUUGGUUCCCACAGAGAUGUUUCUGAUAAUUUUCUUUCAUUUUGCAGCAAAUUUGAUGACAUUUGUGAGGAAACUGCAGUGGAAAGCAAUGAAUUGGUAAGUUUAUUCGGACCAAAAUGUGAAUUAUCCAGAGAGAGAGGGAGAGUUUUAGUUUCCUUCAUUCAUGACAGACACAGAAUUUUCUUUCAAUUAUUUUACAGCGUGACCUUUAAGUUGGUGUUUCAAAAUUCAUUUUAUAAUCUUAUAGACUGUAGAGAAGCAAUGCAUUCAUACUACUUCUGUCUCAACUUCCAUGUGGAUUCACUUACAUUUAAGUUUACAUCACUUUCCUUGCAAUAUCUACAACAAACAUAAUCGCAAGCGAUGAAUUUCAGCUUGAGAUCUUUGCAGAAUGCAAGCUUUUGACCGGGAGAUAUGUUUUGCAAUGCUGGAUCAAGAGUGAUAAAUUUAUUAUGUGAGCUUUUCCUUCAAGAAAGAGAAACUAGUUAUAUAUUAAUUAUGUACAUAAGCUCAAUAUGUGCAACAUAUGAUAAGUCAGAAUACAAUAAUAAUUUUUUUUUUCUCGUGUAUAUGUGUGUGUGUAAUAUUAAUGUAUGGUAACUUAAUGCAUGUAGAUUUUAGGUCAAUUUGCUUAAUAUAUUUUAAGACUGAAGUUGCGCGGUGAAAACUUAAUAUAUUUAUUAAUUUUUCUUUUCAAUUAAUUCUUAAAAUUGGAUUAGAUUUUGGCUGUGUGGAGAUUUAGGACAGAAGUUAACCCCUUGCACUUUAACAUCAGUAUGCAUAUUCUCCAUAUUGUUCCUUAUACAAUUUAUAGGGUGCUGACAAGGAGAAUUUGUUUAACAAUCAAGAGCUUCUUCAGCUAGUAAUCAUUUUUAUUGCUAUGGAAGCAAAGCCAUUAUGUUGUCUUGUUGAGCUGAGUGAGGGUAACAAUAGAAUACGAAUGACCUCUUCAUCCACAACAGAGUCUGCCGAGUUUUACCUGAUAUUCCUCGCAAUGAUAAAAUUGAAAAAAAUCUGCUAUAUUUAUCAAUUUAAUAUUGAUUAGUUCCAAGAAAACUGAUAUUUGAAAUAUUCACUAAUCUAUAACUAUUCAAUUAAAAAGUGAUAAACUUCCAUUGCAAACGUCUAUACAUAAGUUACAAAUGGUGCACGUGUCCUCAAGAAAAGAAGUCAAGUCUUUCUUUCUGCAUCAUCACACAACACCUGGUUCUUUCAAUGCUAUCAAAAAAAUUGUUCUAUAUUAGUAGCCGUAUGCAUAUGUUGGUUAUUUAAUAUAUCUAUAUGUUGGUGUAUUAACUGCCUAUUUUCUUUAUUAUUUUGACCUUUAUUUAAUGUUUGAUUCAGGGGUGAUAUAUUAUGAAGAGAAAUCAGAUACUAGUCCCUCUCAGGUGUAAAAGGGUUAACCCUUUCACUCCCAAGAUCUAAUUAGUAAUUCUCCAUACUAUCUGCCAUACAAUUCUUAUGAUGUUAGUUCAGAGAAUUUGGUGUUGGAUCAACAAAUAAUCCCAUAAUUGAUAUUCUUCUCUAUUCUCAUCACCUACCUGCUUGAUAUUGUAUUGAUAUUGUAAGGAGAAAUUCUCUCUUGGUCACUUGUGGGAGUGAAAGGGUUGACACAGUCUCAGUUCUGGAGGAAAUUGUAGUAACACUGUUGCAACUCUUCUAAAUGUAGAGUAUUGUUGUACAUGUAGUUAUUUCUCAUGGGGUGUCUUUCCUGAAUGGAAAUUUCAUCUUGUAUCUUCCAGAUGUAAAAAAGUGAAGUUCUUAACAAAAAACGUUUUGUACUUUUUGUUUUGUUGUAGGCAUCCUCACUUGAUGUGAUGAAAUCUGCAGCAAGGAAGUUCAUUGAUUUUGUGAACAAUGGUCCCUCACCUUACCAUGGUAUGUUUUAUCCCUUUAGCUUCAGAGUGUGGUGAACUUCUUAAAUUUGUUUACUGUCUCUUCAUCUUUUUAAACCAGUGUUUAAAUGUAUUAGGAAUUAGUUUUACAGUAUAUACACAACUUGAGACACUUAACUGCCAUUUCAACAUGAACCUCCUUACAAUAUCAAGACAUGAUCCAGUCCAAGGGUAAACAACAACAACAAUCUUAGUGACAAAUGUGAUUCAAACCUUGGGAAACAAGGGAUUCACUGAAAAUCUCAUCAUUUGUCUCUUGAUAUAAAAUAUUGGUAAAAUCAAGCCAUCAGUUAAAGAUCACAAUAUUAUCAUUGUUAUACUGCUAUUCUUUGUAAGGUGAGAGGUUAAGUGGUGAAAUGAAAGUGUUCCAUGACAGUGACGUGCUAUGAAAAACGAGCAAAAUAUGUUGUAUGCGUCAAUACCAGUUGACCAUCUAGCUGCAUGAAUUGGGGUGCAUAAGGAAACAGACUCAAUACCUGAUAAUGACAGCAGAAUCACCACAGCUGCAUGUUGCAUUCAUUAACUGAUAGAGCCUGACUCUUUAUAAACAAAGUUGUUUUGAUGGGAAAGCUGAUAUGUUUUGUUUCAGUUGUCGAUGAGUGUAGAAAGGUGUUAUCAGCAGCAGGAUUUAAACAGCUCAAGGAAAAAGAGCACUGGGAUAUCAAGCCUUUGUAUGAGGUGAGAAAUGAGAUUUGGGGUUUUUAUUAAACUUUUGGUAAAGUUGUUGUUUGGACAUGACCCAGAAUCUCAUAAUGGUUUCCAGAAAUAAAAACUCUGCUGUCUGGGAAAUCACAUAGUGCACUUAAAAUUGGCCACACCUGUUUUCUUUGAAAUGAGUGAGGGACCCAUCUUUAUUUCUGUCGAAGGAGGAGGGAAAAAUAUGUUGGAGAUAAAAAUUUCUAAAAGCCCCCCCCCCCAACCUCUUCAAGCCAUGUAAAUAGCAAGCGACCCUCCUCCUUUAUCAAAAAUUUACGUGAUGACCCCCCCUCCCCCUGUCUCCUCAUAUCUCCUUCCAUUUGGCUAUUAAUUAUUAAAAUCUGUCACAUACAACUAUAAGAUGAUUAAUUUGCAUAACACCCACCUGAGGCAAUGUACCCCUUUUUAAAAUGUAUCUUAAAGUACUGACCUCCCCCCAGACUCCCUCCUCCCAAAGAAGCAUGAAAAUUUGGUGAAUAAUCAGAAUUUUUCAGACCCAGAAAAAAAUUAAGUAUGAAAAGAGAAAUGAGAAGUGUUCAAAAAAAUUGGGAUGAAGUCAGAAGUUUUAACCCAAGGAAAGCAAGUUAAGCUAAAUAUCUGGAAGUAAAUGGUAAACAAGUAACAAGCCAGAUUCAUCUUGAGUAUUGCAAACUUUAUUUAUGAUCUGUUUUUAAGACCUUGGCGGUCCCCAGCUAGCAAUGCACUCCAUCCGAGAAAUGUGCUGCUCCUCUAUUGUACAUCAAGAGACACUGCUAUUCAAGGUGACAAUUUCUAUGCAUAGUAAGGCAUUCAUAAGCUCGCGUUACAUGAUAUGUCACGUAACGCUAUCUUACCCCGGGGCGAGGUUGCACGUGAUGGUUUCCGUCAUGUCGCCCAAUAGUCGUGAAAUUAUAAAGCACACAGCAUCGCCAAUCUACUCGUUCUCUAAUGGUAGCCGGGAAACGGUGUGUUCUCUGGUCCUCCAGGCUAACAAGAAAAAUGCCCCCAAGGAGCUAGGUGCACAAUCAUCGCACUGUAUGACCUUUUGGCGUGGUCUAAAUACAUUACCUUCAUUAACUAUUUUGUUAUUGUUAAGAAGGUCACAAAUAGACAAAAUAGGAAUUGAUUUGUAUGUUACGCGCUUGCCUUUUACUGACAUGUCGUAAGCGACAAUCGACAUUUGUUUACCGGGUUUUGAUCAUCACCAAGAGCCCAUUAUUAAUGAGCUCCUGUCAUCACUGAGUGUUUGGACGGUUGCAAAUCUACCAUGGGGUUGACCAGUGAGCAAAGUGAUUCUCCUUAGCAAUUAAUUGAGAAUGUUUAUUUUUAUUUUUAUAUUUUGCAGGGUUCCUUUGAGACACUUCCAACAGUACUGGAUUCCGUAGUUGGAGCUGACUAAAGUCAAGCUACCGGCAUUCCUGAGCUUCUUUUGCAUGAAUCCUCUCCCCAAACUCCGUUUAAAUGAUUUUUGCUUGGAAAGCAAUGUAGGUUCAACUCAGCGAAGCAAACAAGAUACUUAGUCAAAAGAAAAGGAACAUAAUCCCAGCACAAUCAAUGUAAAAAUUGUGUAACAAGGGAAGGGGUAGAAGAGGGGAGCACGUAAACAAGAGAUAGUAUUCAAACAGUGUAUCCUGAAAACUUUCUCAUUUAUCCAUUGCCCAUUAUAAUCAGGCAGGACGUAUACAGGCAUAAAACGGUGGUUCCUGGAACUGUGUGCCUUGUUUUGUAUUUACGGUCUAAAAACAAGGAUGACGAAAAGCAUGUGACAAGCAAAUAGAAAUUAGCACGCUCGGCGCAAUAAACGUUUGCACUACUCUUCUGACUCGAUCCACCUGCUGAAUUUCUAACUAAAAAGUUUCUUGAAGCUGUGAGUAUAUAUUGAUAACAUUCAUCGUGUUUGUUUUGUGUUAAGUUGCAAAUGCAAAGGGUGUCUACACAUUAAAGACUGAAAAGACUGGCAAAGUUUAGUUUGACGGCGACUUCUUUCCGCCAGUACUAGUCGCUUUCACAAA